AACGAUCAUUAUUUUCCCUAUCACCAUAUCAGCAGCUCGGCUCGGCUCGCGAAUUGCGACAAAUUGCGCUCGGUUUGAUACUUAAUAGUACUUUUUGCCUUUUUGGGUUCGGGCUUAUUUCUUCUAGUAUGUACGUCGAGUAUUUUUGAUUUUUGUUUAGUUUCUAUCGGUUGUUGUUGUAUAAUAUUUUAAAAAAACUGUUCAGUAUCACUGUUCUUGAAUAAGAAAAUAAAGUCUGAAAACAAAAAUGAAUUUCCCAUCAUGUGUUCAUAUUAUUUUCUAGAUGUCUCAUUAGACGUUUUAGACAAUAAUGGAAAAAUCGUGGUCGUGACGAACGAAAAAUUCAAUUUCUACAUCAAGGAAGCACUAAAAGAAGUCUUUGGCCAGUUUGGAUUAGGCAUUAAUUUCAAUGUAUUGAAGUUUGAUUCUGGCAGAGGCAUCAUCCGUUGUCCAUCUGCAUACUACGUAAAAUUUCGUGGUGCAAUUACACUAUUUGGCAGAUCUAAUAAGUCCACUAUCAAUUUCAACGUACAUCGGUCAUCUGCCUGUUUAAUAUCAUUUAUCGCUGACGACACGUCUUACAAACAUGUCUCAAGUGUUUAAAGACGGUAAAGAUACAAUCAUUUUUGCAACGAAAGAAGACCAUCGGUCGCCCAGCAAAGUAGAACUAUCGCCCCCAGAACCAUCACCAGGGUUGAUAUUUCCAGAUGGUUCGAUCAAUUGGAAUUGUCCAUGUUUAGGAGGAAUGGCAACUGGGCCCUGUGGCGUCGAGUUUAGAGAGUCUUUCACGUGUUUUCACUACAGUAAAGAAGAGCCUAAAGGAAUGGAGUGUAAAGAUAAGUUUACUGCUAUGUGGGCUUGUAUGGAUAAUUAUCCAGAAGUCUACAGUGCAGGAAUGAAAGAUGAUGAAGAAUUUGCUAAUACAGAAGAGAACAAAGAUGAUGACAAAUCAGCAAGCAGUUCCCAAAUAGAAAACCAAAAUCAAGAAGAAAAAUCAUAAACUUGUUAAAUUGUUUAAUUUAGAAUUUUUUUGUUUCAAAUAGAUUUUUAGUAAUAUAUAAGUGUUUUUAAUUUUA